AUGACGAUAAUGAAUCCCAAAACCUUAGUUAUAAAUCUCCUCCUCCUACUCUUGCUGCAAAUUUCCAACUUCUCCACCACUGUCUUAUCUCUGAGGGCAUAUCAUAAGAAAGAUUAUAAAGAGGAGUAUACGGUAAGACCAAACACUGUCACACAUGUCGUCAUCUCCAACGAACUGUAUGAUCUAAAGAAAGGAAACGCUGGCUUCGUAUGCUCUCAUGGUCCCAAGAUUUGGCGGCAGAGCAAGCCAGGAGAACGGUACGCUAUGAUUCGGUUCAAGAACGACGCGUGGUUUCUUGUAUUGCACGUCACUGUGAUCUCCUACGCGGAUAGGGGACAUUUCGUCACAACGGAGCUGAAGAUAGUUAAUGGAAUGCAUGGCUUGAAACGGCCAGAGAUCGUUUACCACUGUCAAGCUAUUAACAGUGGCCUUGAUUAUGGAUGGCGACGAGCCAAAAGGCCAUCAUUUGGCUCCUCCCAGGACGUACUCUUGGAAGGCGGCCAAAAACUGGAGGAGGAGAUUCAUCGCUGUCAAUUUCGGUCAGUGCUAGGUACAGCAAAUGUCGAUAUCCGUAUGACCGCCAUUGAUUCCGAGAUGUGUAAUAAUCAAAAGGCAUGUGCGGUUCAUGUGGUUACACCGGAAGGGAUAUUGUUCGAUGGUAAAGAAUGGGAUUUUGAGGAGAGGUAUCCAAGGCUUAUACCACGAAAAUACAUCGAAGCUAAGUGGAAAGCCUGGCCACGACGCAGCCGUGGUGGGGGAUCUGGAAAACAACGUCGCUCAGGGGGAGACGUGGGUUUCACGUUACUGAUGAAGAACGAAAUGUAUGGCUUGGAACGUUCAUCGGUUCUCUACCGGUGCAAGUCGUCUGGCAAAUCCCUCCGGUGGCACAUAUCGACUCCCCACGCGGAAUUUGCAUGGGAUUUUGAAGUCCCACCAUUUGGAACUGGCGUGGUGAUCCACCGUUGCGAAUUCCGGUCGAGCCAAGGGACAGCGGAAAUUGAGAUCAAGACGUUGUCGAUGACAUCGAUGUUGUGCGGAGGUCAUACGUGUUCAUACGUCAUUAGGCCGGAUGGUGUAUACUUUGUUGGCUUUGAGACCUAUUACCCGCACAAUAUUUUGUUAAGAUUUCUCGAGUUGGUGAGGCCGGUUGACAAGCUUGUCGAGCCAUGGAAGGCGUGGUCCCCGACGCAGAUAAAAGCUUUACGGGAACGCAACAUCACCAGAUCACUAGGCAACACCCCCAGGUCAGAAAAUGAAAAAGAUGUUGAGCACGAGAAAGACGACGAUUAG